AUGGGUGGUUCAAAGAAGAACAGAAAGAAACCAAUAUCUCCUCUACCACCUACUGAAAUCAUGAAUGAAGAUGACUCUGAACUUAUGGAUGAUCUGCUCGCUCAACUUGAUUCCAGGGAUCAAGUCGUUCAAGCAGAGUCCGCAAGUGUUCUCAACGAAAUGAACUUGAAUGCUCAAGCCGACUCUAUCGAAGCGAGCUCCAGACAAGACGCAAAAAGUCGCUUCAAAGCUCGACAAGCCAGAAAAGCAGCAGCUCUUGCCCAGUCGUAUUCUCCAGACGACCCAGCAGUACAAGCUCGCCUUGAAAAGGAAGCCAGAGAUGAGGAAGACUCUAUACGGCGAGUGUGCGAUCAGCUGUCAUUGGAAAUACACGAGAUCAAUCCAGACGGACACUGCCUUUUCUCUGCAGUGGCCGACCAACUGGCUUUACUUGGGUUAAUUUCGCCAGCUGAAGCCACUUAUACCAAUCUCAGAGUUGCUGCUGCCAAUUACAUUCACUCCCAUCCCGACGAUUUCCUUCCUUUUUUGCCAUCUACCGGCGGUGAAGAUGGCGCUGGCGCUCUGGAUGCUGGAAUGAUGAACCGAGAAGAAUUUGACUCUUACUGCACAUCAAUCAGAGACACUGCCAUUUGGGGUGGCGAGCCUGAGAUUGUCGCCCUUAGUCGUGCUUUUAACAUCCCUAUAAAUGUUGUCCAGGGAGGACAUCCACCUAUCGUCGUACAUAGUCCGGCUGGGGACCAAAAAUCUGGUACAGCAACGCCAGCCUCCGUUAUGAUUAGUUAUCAUCGGAAACUCUAUGGCCUUGGAGAGCAUUAUAAUUCUUUGAGGAAGAAGGUUGCAUGA